GUUCUCAAUCACCUCAUUUUACAAACUGCAGCAUGGCCCGCACAACGGCCUCACGGGCCCGGUCGUCCAAUGCACCGCCAACCACCUUUCGCGGCUACUGCCUCUACAAGACGGGCAAGUGCUUCCUCGAGCGCGCGCUCAAGACGAACGGCCAGCCCCACAACCUCUGCGACCUCCACCGCCUCAAGCAAAACCAAAACCAGCGCCGGCUCGACUGGAAGGUGCGCGCAAAGCAAGCGGCGCGCCACGAAGCCAUGGUGACAAGUCCAGCGGUGCGCUUCCAGCCGGCCCCCGAGUCGCCAACAUUAUGGGCGCCCCAGAGCGCCCAUGACCCGACUGCCCGCGCAGCGUACCGAGCCCAAGUCAUCCAACAGCUGGUGCGACUUGUGUCAGAGGAAGUCCUGGCCUCGGACUUUACCCAGCCAAAGCACACGAUGCCAGCGGUCGCGCCGCCCCACCACGUAUAUUACCCCCCGUACCCCCCGCAGCACGAGGUGCACCCUGCGCAGUCGUGGGAGGGUGUCCUGACACUGUCCAGGGAGUACGAAAGUCGAACCAACAUGUAUCUUUAAUUUUUCGUCGUUCA